AACAAGCUGUGCGGUAGUGAAUUGCACUAUAUCGUCACACACAACAUUGAAUGAUUGAAAGUCGAAUUGUAUUUUCUUCCUCAAUGGUCGAAGUAAUGGAAAAUGGACGGCCCUUACCCAUCGCAGCCGCAGUUAACACAGGUAAAUACAUGGGUAUAUCUGUAACCAGACAUAUAUAGAUCAAGGGCAGUGAGGAAAGAUUGAGACGGUAGAAGUUUCCUCCACGGUUGAUCAUGGAGAACACGUCAGUAGAACUAGAUACAGUGGAGUAUAUAAUAGUCGUCACGCACAGAAAACUGCAGAACUUCCUGUCCGAUCUUUGCCACAAUGUCGCCGCUCUGACGUCAUUUCUCCAUUCUCUGACCAAAGACCACUCGCGCAGAGGGAUCUUCCAAUUUCGGCCGCGUCUGAAGCUGUUAAUGUCUCUUCUCAUACUAGAGACGCUGAUAUUUUUACUCUAUGUGAUAUUAACUGGCGAGGUCAGUGGUAUAUUAGCCCGAGAGCAGUUCCCUGUUACAGUUCGUGAUAUGACGAAACUGAGUAAGGCAGAGCAACGCCAUCGCUAUGUUGAACACCUUCUAAGAUAUGGUAAACCCCAGGUUAUUAAAAAAGCAGAACUUGUAACAAAACAUAUUGUAUAUGAACCACCACGAACUGAACCACUUAUUAUUGGAGAAGGUGAGCAUGUUCAUCCUCAUGAUUUCAACCUCGUACUGGACGAGCCAUCGAUUUGUUAUGACGAUAUGGGCUCCCCAUUGGAUGUUUUCUUGGUCGUUCUCGUAACCACAACGCACGAGAACGCGGCCAAGAGGCAAGCGAUUCGGGAGACCUGGGGAAGUCCGAAAGAGGUCCUUGGGAAAAACAUCAUCACGCUGUUCUUGCUUGCGUCGACAAGAGCAAACUACUUACAAGCAAGAGUGGAGGAGGAAAGCAAAACCUAUCACGAUAUCAUCCAGGAAGAUUUUAAAGAUAGCUACAAAAACUUGACUCUGAAGACAGUCAUGGCGUUGAAGUGGACAACCACGCACUGCUCUCACGCGUCAUACGUCAUGAAAACGGACGAUGACAUGUACGUGGUGUACCACAACCUAGUCAAGUACCUUGCCCUCGAUACCACACGAACUUCGCGGCUUGCGUUUGGGUUCGUUAUAAACGGGAGUCCAAUAAGGGACCCAGGUAGUAAAUGGUACAUGCCGAGAAGUGUGUACAGUGCGAACAGUUACCCGCCAUUUAUGUCUGGAACGGGGUACGUUUUAUCACGAGAUGUUGCGCUAUCAGUGUACAAACAAUCACUGGACACCAAGUUUUUGUACCUCGAAGACGUCUUUGUCGCAAUAUGUCUUUCAAAAUUGCAUAUACGUCCUAUUCACAACUCGAAUUUUAAUAAUUGGCGAACGGAUUUUUAUACUUCGUCUUGCCGGUUUCACAAUUUGGUGACAACCCAUAUGGUUCUACCAGCGGAAAUGUACUCACUGUGGAAUACUCACCAACGAUUACGUCGGUCUGGUGAGAGGUGCCAAUGGUAAACAAGUUUUAUUGUAUGACCAUUUUGAUAUCAACCAUUGUGCCUUUUGAAUGAUGCCAGCCAGCAAUAAUAAGCUAUUACUGUAGGUCUACACAUGCAGUAGGCCUACGACAACAAUGAUGUACAUUUCCUGGUAGUUAUGUUUGUGCACCAUACCAUACACAAUACAAGUUGGAUGCCCAACAAGUUUCAAUGUAUGUCUGAUGAGCUGUGUAUUGAGAUUGAGAGAGUUCAUGAGUUGAGUAGCUUCCCCCUUCUGCAUGCAGUGCACAUAGGGUGCCAGACUAGUCUGCACACUGAGUUGUGCUACAUUUGGACCAAAAAAUUGCGUCCCAGCAUUAAUAUGACCAAAGAAAAAUGGUCUCACAACUCUCCCAAUACACAGCUCUGGAAAAGGUCACCCGCAGAGCGAGUUGAGUUUUAAUAGCAGUAAUUCAUGGAUACAUGUAUAGUUACCUGCCAUUUUGAAGGUUAACCCUUUCCAUAUUCAUAACCCAUGUGACCUGACGUCAUCAAUGAUACUCAGUUAUUGGGUGCGUUCGUUUAGCUUCCCUGGGUCAUCCCCGGUGU